AGAAGUGUUUUCACCUCUAUUCGCGCCAUUUCUUAUCAUGUUUUGUCGAGUAAAGUAGUCUCCACUCUCCGUUUAUUAAAAUUAUUUAUGUUUAAGGCUUUGGCUUUAAGAUUUUCACCGUUUAAGGCAUGCUGAUAUUCAUUGCUACACUGUCUCUGGCCAAUGCUCCACAGUGUACCUUUGCUGAACUUUAAUAGUCUAGUGGUCGUUUGAAUUUGUUUUUAAUAUGGAUUCUCUCAAUGAACCGACCUCAAAUGAAACUUCUAACAAUGAAGGUAUUUUGAAUACCCGUGGCCGGGGACGAGGAUUUUUAAUAAAAAGAAUGAGUCAAAGACUCAGUUCUGAAAAAUCUCUGAAUUUAUCAUCACCGCCAACAUUUCCCACAGAAAAGAUGAAGAGCAAUGUUGUACGACAUAACCAAGACGUUGUUAACAAGUCUUGUUUUCAAGACUGUGUAUAUAAUUAUGAUGCACCUGUGAGAUCAACUUAUAUUCCACCCGAACCCAAUGAAAAUGACGAAUCAAUUUACGAUGACGGAAUCAGUUCUGGUAUACAUUUUGAAAAAUUCAAUGAUAUCGAAGUGAAGGUGAAUGGAAAAAAUAUACCAGAAGCUAUUGAAAGUUUUGAAGCAUUGAACAAUAUACCAGAAAACUUAAUGGACAAUAUAAAAAGAUGUAAUUUUUUGAAACCAACUCCCAUACAAAAAUAUUCUAUCCCGAUUAUUUUAUCUGGUAAAGACUUAAUGGCCACAGCACAAACUGGUUCAGGAAAAACGGUUGCUUUUGUUUUACCAAUCGUACAAAAAUUACUCAUGGACCCACAGAUAUUAGUAAAAGAUAGUAAUCAUAGUGAACCUCAAGUUGUUAUAAUGGCACCUACAAGAGAAUUGGCUGUUCAAAUUAAAAUGGUUGUAUUGAAAUUGACAAGAGGUACCGGAAUUUCAUCAUUUGUCUGUUAUGGUGGUACUUUAGUCAGUCAUCAAAAAAAUAAAAUUCUCGAAGGUUGUCACAUACUUGUAGCUACACCUGGUAGAUUAAAUGAAUUUGUUCAGCAUGGCUUCAUAACAUUUUCGUCCGUAAGAUUUUUUGUCUUAGAUGAAGUUGAUAAGAUGUUAGACAUUGACUCAAAACCAGAUAUCGAUAAAAUCUUAGAUCAUUUCACAAUGCCGUCUGUUAUGAACAGACAGACAAUUAUGUUGUCAGCAACAUUACCAGACUCCACUCAGCAUUUAGCAAAAUUGUAUUUAAACAAAAAUUAUUUAUUUUUAGCAGUUGGUAUUGUUAGUAGCGCUUCAAAAGAUAUAAAACAAACCUUUCACAUGGUUAAUAGAUUCAAUAAACGUGACAUUUUAUCCAAUAUUUUAAGAAAAGAUUCAGUAGGAACUAUAGUAUUUGUGAAACAGAAGUGGACAGCAGAUUUUCUUGCCACAUACUUAUGUGAAAAGCAUAUUCCAUCAACAAGCAUACAUGGUGAUCGUUUACAAGAUCAGAGAGAAAUUGCUUUAAAUGAUUUUCGUAAUAGAAAGAUGAAUGUAAUUGUAGCAACAAAUGUAGCUUCAAGAGGAUUAGAUAUUAAAUGUGUGAACCAGGUCAUUAAUUAUGACAUGCCUCAAGAAAUUGAAGAAUAUGUGCAAAGAAUUGGACGAACAGGCAGACUAGGAAACCAAGGGGUUGCUAUAUCUUUCUUUGAUCCUGAUGAAGAUUAUCUUUUGAUAGAUCCAAUUAUAAAAACUCUUGCAUCAGCAAAUCAAGAAAUACCUAAAUGGAUACUUAAACUUGGACGAGAAGCCAAAUAUAAUGAUGCUAAUGAUGAUUUUGAUAAAUUUGGAGGCUCAGAUAUAAGAAUUAUAUCAGGCUCAGUUGACGACUGUGAAGAAUGGUAAAUUUAUGCAAAUAUUUGAUAAUUAUUGUUUUUUUUUCAUAUUUUUAAUAAUAAAUCAAUAUAAUGAAAUGUUA